AUUAAGGGGGGAAGUGAGGCAACACAGCACUACUUCCUAGAAGCCCUCACAAUCAAAACAUUAUUCGUUAUGGGUGAGUCUGCAUCCUCUAAAAGCCAUUUUCUCAUCUAACAGUUGGCGCACAUUAGCUGGAAGCUCCACACAGGGCGUUUAACGCACCAUGCUUCGUCUGAACGACACGGUGGAGCCGGAGAGUCCUGGCGCUGCGGUGCUCCACCCUGCAGAAGCCGAGGAGGGAGUCGAGGUUGCCUUCACGCCGCCGGAGGCCGGACGAAGCCUCGGACACGGAGCCUCCGUGGCCUGUUGCCCCCCGUUACAAACGCUGACGCCUUUUCAUGUGCAUAACCCCACAGUGCAAGCGAAGGUGAAGGACUAUUUUGUGUUCAGGCCAGGUACCAUUGAGCAGGCCGUGAGUGACAUCAGGACUGUGGCACUCCCUUCUGAGGACGGGGAGGUGCUCAGUGUCUGGCUACUGGCUGAAAUUGACCACUGGAACAAUGAGAAGGAGAGACUUGUGCUUAUAACUGAUAGGUCACUGCUGGUGUGCAAGUACGACUUCAUCAACCUGCUGUGUCAGCAGGUCGUCAGGAUAGCUCUCAAUGCUGUAGACACCAUCUCAGUGGGUGACUUUGAGUUCCCACCCAAAUCCUUAAACAAGAGAGAGGGCUACGGGAUACGUGUGCAGUGGGACAAACGUCCUCGGGCCUCAUUCUUUAACCGCUGGAACCCCUGGUCCACAGACAUGCCCUACGCCACCUUCACAGAGCAUCCCAUGGCGCAUGCUGAUGAGAAGGUGGCCUCUCUCUGCCAGUUGGACAACUUCAGGACCCAGCUGGUGCAGGCAGUGAAGAAAGCCCAUAAGGAGCACCCCAUCCCUGGUCGGGCUAAUGGUGUCCUGAUCCUGGAAAGACCCCUGCUCAUCGAGACCUACCUGGGCAUUAUGUCCUUCAUCAACAAUGAGGCCAAGUUGGGUUAUUCCAUGACCCGUGGCAAGAUCGGCUUCUAACCCAGUUUCUCCAAGCUACAAUAGAGUUCAACUCAUGUGUCUGUUACACUGUGCUGGGUGAGAGAAGCAGUCACUCCAGUACAGUGUAAUGCGCAACCAGUCUGUAUGUGUUAUUAGAGCCCAUGAGCUGUUCACACCUCUUUAGGUUGGUGUCGCAGACAUUGGGCAGCUUCCUGUAGAUAAAUGAUGCAUAGCGCUGCAUGGAUUGUCUACUCGUUUGUUUUUAGCACCCUCAGUCCUUUUCUGUCAAAGAGCUGCUCGCAGGUCUUCUGUACCCGCAUGGGACCUAAGGAGCGUAUGCCCAUGUGAGAUAAGUUGGAGAGAAAGGAGACACCACAUGCAUCAGUUCAUCACCUCUGAACCUAUUCCAGAUUGAGCUUUUUGUGGUCUUGGCCUCCUUGUUUAACCACCGACUGAAAACUAAUGUGAUAUCUUUUAGGAAAGGUAUGUUGAAAUCACAAAACUUAUUUGAGGGUUAAUGAUUAGCUUUUUAUGGGCUUUAUUUCUACAGAAAAAAACAAGGCCACAGAGUAAAGCAGUUAACGGCAGCCAAGAAUAUGUUCCCUGUUGGCUACAUGAAUAUGGUUUGAAAUGAAGGACUGAAUCACUGAGAUCACAGGGAAGCUUCUUAGAAUGGAACAGCAGCUGAUGUACUGAGUUAAACGGUCAUGUCACACGCUCAUUUUAAUACAACUACUACACUAAAAAGUACUGGGCUCAGCAGUGUUGCUUGUGGCCAGUAACAGCUGGGAUACACUUCCAGCAUUCAUGAAACAUGUUCAGCUGAAAGGAUCAAUUACAUGUGACCUUCCUCUCUUAUUGGCAAAUGCUGUGCUUUCCCUGCCAUGUAAUUUGCUGAGAAUAGGGAACUGCUGUACAACUUGGAGAACUGCAUUAGCUGCUAUAGCUAAAAUGGUCUAGUAUGUUAAAGAUGGUUUAUGCAACACAACUUUGCAAGGUUGUGUCCAUGUUUCUUUCCAAGUUGCCGUCAUGGUUCUGCAACUUCCCUUUGUUAUAGCUUUACACCAGUUAACUAACCACAUACCGUCUGUAUCUUGUGAAUUGGAUUUAGGUGCUUUUUCCUCACAGAUUUGCACCCUAUCAUACAUCAUUGCGCUACCAGUGGUAACAGGCCAUAUGUUCAAUGUAAAUGAGUAAUUAUAUCCCAAAAUGCCCUUCUCUAAUCUUAAUUUGAGCAUGUUCCCUGCAUGUUGAGUUUGCAUGGAGAUAUUUUUAUUUGAACAGAUUUGUAAUUUCCAAUUAGGUUUAUUUGUCUGCGGUUAUUUUUUUCAAGCAGUUAACUCAUGAAUGCUUCUAAAAAAAUGAAUAUUUCAUUGCCGGGUUUAAAGUAUUUUAUUAAGGGAUUUAAAAGAAGUGGACUCAUGAUUAUAAAUACAUGAAGGCUUUACUUUUUGUUGUAGAUAUUUGUAGCACAGUGGUCACAAUGAAUAAUAUUUAAUGCCUUUAUAUGUUGUUAUGGCCUCAGCUCUAGUUGUUGAAAAAAAAAAGUGAAUUUACAUUACAUUUGUUCUGUCAAGGCCUGUAACAAAGUGAUUAGUUUCCAUAUACUCCUGUAAAUGGGACAACUUACAGAGAGACAGUGCCUUGAGGCCAAGUAAAACAGUCCUAAUAUAUUUAAUACUGGCUGUUAAUUUGUUGUUUGGAUUCUUACUGCAUUUCACUUUGGUCAUAGUAGGUAACAACAAUUAAAUUCUAACAGUAAAGAUAAUGUCACUGGUCUCAUGAAGAACCAUUUUAAAAUUACACGCCUCAUGUCUUUCUUCCACCAAGAAGACACCAGCACCACAAACACAAGCAUUGGCAACUGCACCUUUGGUCAAGAUUAAUUAAUUAUUGAAUACCUCGUC